UUUUCUUUAGGCGGCCGACCAGAAAUUGUUUUUCCCCUUUUUAUGCAACUCGCUGGAAAACCUUCAAAUACUAUAUACAUACAAAUCUCUCUCUCUCUCCGAUUUGCGUCGGAUUAUUUUUUUCCUCCUCCGAUCAAUAGCGCUGCAAUUGAUCGAUUCAGUUCUUUAUUGAUCAGGUAAGGCACGGUAUCGAAAUCCUAAAAAUUAGGUCUGUAUAUAUUUUCCGAUUUGGGGGUUUCGAUAGUGCGUCUUGUGGGGGUCAAUUUGUUUUUUUUUUUUUUUUUUGUUUGGCAGCUCAUCCAAUAAUUUGUAAGUGGGUAAUUGUAGGCAGCAAACAUACUCGGCAUUAGGCUAUGGAUAAAGGAAAAGAGCCAGGGUUAUUUGUUAACGACGGAUCAUUCAUGGAGAGGUUCAAACAACUACAGCAGGAGAAGGAGAAGAAGGGUGAGCCGUUGGAGAAAUCUAGGUCGGGCUCAAGUACGUUGAUAACUUCAACUCCCAAGGCUGUCAUUAGCAACACGACCAUCAAUAUUAAGGCUAACGGCCCUCGCAAAACGACUCAACCUCCUUCGGGUGGAAAACUUGCUUUCAGUUUGAAACAAAAAUCAAAACUUGUUGCACCCCCUGUUAAGUUUGGUGAAGACGAAGAUGAAGCUGAAGGGUAUGCUGGUAAUUCCACAGAUGGCGGGCCGGUAAAGCGGCCGAAGCUGGACCAGCUUGGUGCUUCUAAUCAGGCAUCUAAGCGAGUAGAUAUUGCACCACCUUCCCCAAGUGAUUCUACAGUGAAGAACGUUGCAGACAAAUUGGCAAUUUUUGUGGCCAAGAAUGGAAGGCAGAUUGAGUAUGUAACACGUCAAAAAAACCCUGGAGACACCCCCUUCAAAUUUUUGUUUGACGAUAGUUGUCCAGAUUACAAGUAUUAUGAGUACCGACUUAGUGAGGAGCAGAAGGCUUUGUCGCUAACCAAGGAUUCUCAAACACCACAAAGUGGCACUACGACUCCUAAUCCAGCAUCUGGUGCUCAGAGAUCACAGCGUCAGCACUUAAAAUAUCAAACUCCUGCCUCAGCUUUAUAUGAUGCCACAGAGACUAUAGGAUCUUCGCAUGCAUUAUCACAAACAAGUGCAAGAUAUGGUGAAUCAAGUGGCCCAUCUGGUUCAGACCCUAUAGCUAUGAUGGAAUACUACAUGAAGAAAGCUGCACGAGAAGAGAAACAGAGGCCUCAUAGAUCCUCAAAGGAUGAGAUGCCUCCACCUGCUUCCCUCCAAGGUCCUAUGAAGAAAGGGCAUCACAUGGGCGAUUAUAUUCCUCCCGAAGAGCUCGAGAAGUUCUUGGCUACCUGUAAUGAUGUAUCUGCCCAGAAAUUUGUAAAUGAGUAUGCGGAUAAAGCAAAAAUUCAAGCUGAUAACGUUGGCCACAAACUCUUAUCCAAAAUGGGUUGGAAGGAAGGUGAAGGACUAGGGAUGAAAAGCAGCGGAAUAGCGGCUCCAAUAACGGCAGGGGAUGUGAAAAAAGAUCACCUGGGUGUUGGUGCACAUGCUCCAGGUGAGGUCACACCCGAUGACGAUAUUUACGAUCAGUACAAAAAAAGGAUGAUGCUUGGUUAUCGUCACAGACCCAAUCCUCUGAACAAUCCAAGGAAAUCUUACUACUGAGAGCGUUUCGAACAGGUGUCGUGUUUGGGAUCAUCAGUGAUCGUUGUAGUUGAAGUUUCUUGUUUUUCUUUUUCGUUUCGCAAAUAUACUUAUCUUCUGGAACUAUUGCCGAGAAAUCAAAUCAACUUUGUAUUACAUGAAUCAUAUUUAUAUUUGUCUCCAAUUUGAG